CGCCCGUCCGCAAAUCCCUCGUCUAGUCUGCUGUGCCAUCUGUUGUACCACGACUAAACCACAGCUCCACCGUCAGGUCUUCUUCCCCUUUCGUGUCCUCUCCUGCGCGCGCACCGACAAGUGAACGAGCGAGCGAGCGAGCAUCAUGGACAUGGAGGCGGCCGCGAUCUCCGGGACCGCCAGCGCGUCGUCGUCCACGUCGCGGCGCGGCAGGAGCAUCUCCCGCCUGCCAGCGCGCGUCGCCGGCGCGGUGAUCCGGGGCCUGGUCACCUUCGUCUUCGCGGCAGUGGGCAUGGUCCUCGGGGCCGUCACGGGCGCGCUGAUCGGGCUCGCCACGGAGAGCGGCCUGGUGCGCGGCGCCGGCAUCGGGUCCAUCUCCGGCGCCGUCGUGUCCAUGGAAGUUGUCGAUUCCUCCGUCGCCAUCUGGCGCUCCGACGAGUCCGGGAUCUGGAGCGUCCUAUACGUGCUCGAUGUCCUCUGGAGCCUGCUGACCGGCCGCCUGGUGCGAGAGAAGGUGGACCCGGCCGUGCAAAGCGCCGUCGACAGUCAGAUGAACGCCGCGGACUCGCAGGACAUGGCGCCGACACUGGCGGACAUGUUCGAGACGGGCGCCGCCGACGCCAAGGGCAUGCCGGCCGCCGCUGUCGCGGCGCUCCCCAUCAUGGCCUUCACCGAGCACACCGUCGCCGACGGCUCCGGGGAGCCCAUCGGCUGCUCCGUCUGCCUUCAGGACUUCGAAGCAGGCGAGACGGCGCGGAGCUUGCCGGAGUGCGGGCACACGUUCCACCUGCCGUGCAUCGACGUCUGGCUGCUCCGGCACGCCUCGUGCCCACUGUGUCGUCGCGCGGUCUAAGCCGGUGCGCACACUUUUCGUUAGGAUGUCUUUGGGCAACCGUGAGCCGAUGCGCGUGCACACGUGUCCCAGACCAGGAGCACAGUACAGUAGGGUAGUAGGAGUGCAGGACACCUGGUUCUUUCUUGCAUACCUUGAUUAUUUUUUUCCUUCUUUUUUCUACGUCUUGGGCACGCAUGUACAGAUACAGUACGUGGCUCACAUUGUCUCACACACACACUGUGGAUGUAAAUAUGUAUAGGGUAAAUGUUGUAAACAAUGUAAUUUCCUUAUUAUGAAAGCCGGACCGAAACGGCGCCGACUAGGCCAUCCACGUCGUCGAAAAACUUCAUAGCCGUUCGAUCAUCCAUCAACCGUCACCGUCGUUCAUCGCGCACUUCCAGACUUCCUUCGAAGCGCCGCGUAUAUCGGAUCAUUUCUCGAAGAAUCAAGAGAACCGUCUCCACGCGCUUGCUGCCUUCCUCCUCCUCCUCUAUGCCCUAGGUUGGCUGAGGUCCGCGCAGCGGACAACGGCGAGGUCCACGUGCUGCUGGCACUACGGACUUGCUCCAGUUAUUGGCGCCCUACCGCAACUCCUGUGUGCUGGCACCGUCGUGGUGAUUCAAGGGCGUCUCAUGAGACAUCCUCGGCGUCGUCGCCACCGUCUCGCUACAGGAGAAGGGGCUCGCCGGCACGCUCCCAACCGCCGUCGCGGGACUCUGCUCCCUAACCGGCCUCUACCUCCACUACAACACGCUCUCCCGUUCUUCUUUUAAUCCUCCUCCGAUUCCUCACCUGCGCGCGGAAUCCCCUCCGUAGCUCUUCGUCCCUAGAGGACCAACCCCACCAACGGGGAUGUUGUACGCCUGCUUCUUCAAGUACAUCAUCAUCGAUGAACAGGUACGUCCCAUCCCAUCGCCCUUCUUCAUUCCUCUGUUCCCCGAUUGGAUCCUUGCUGCCGUCGCCGCGGCAAGAUAGAGAUCCAAUCUGCUGCUUGCCCGCUCGAGAUGAUGUUGAUGGCCUUCCUCUGCUUCGCUUUGCUGCAAGCGUUGACAAGUCAUGUCUGCUGCUGUAGUUCACCCACAAGAGCUUCCAGUCCGUUGAUGACCUCACCAUCGGCGUCGAGUCCUGUACCUGUUGUGGCUUAUACUGGAGAUGCAGAAAUGUUGAACAAAACACUGCUGUCGCUGCCACUUAAGCGGAAUCUUGUGGAUGUAAAGUUUAAUAAUUCUGCAUCAGCAUCGAAGCGCAUUGCAAUAACUUACCAGAUGUACCAACCCUCUACAUUCCAAACUCUUGCUCCUAUUUGCAAA